AUGUCGCUCACCAAGUAAGCUUCGGAUUCCGUCUAAUAAAUAUUCCGUACUGACUCCCCUCCCUCUCUGCUACCCCCCCCCCCCCCCCCCCCCCGCAGCGACACCAACAAGCUCUUCCAAUCGGAUGCCCAACACGCCCGGGCCGCGUACCGCGUCGCCAAAGCUCAGCUGCACGAGACCACAGGCAAGCCCAUCAAGCUCUCGACCGUACCCUUACGUGUCGUCGUGAAGCAGCAUCCCAUCCAGGGUCCAGAAGCUUGGGUCGCCGAGAGCGGCUUUGUUGUGCGCCGGCUCGACCUCGAGGUAGGUCGCUCCUUUCGACUCGAUCCAUGUGGGGGCAAGCUUCCGAUAGAACGAGCAGAGUGCAGCCUCGCGUGGUGCUCUUACCGUCUCUUUCUCAAAACUAAACGGUCUCAGAGUCUCUCUUUCACAACUCUAGUCGGGAAGAACCAGGCAACUCUACCGAGGCCAUCUCGGGCCCGUCACCUCACUCGACUUUUACACCCCACCGGCGGCUUCGACCUCGACCUCGGCGAAAGGCAAAUCACGCCAAUUAAUGAUCAGUGGCUCGUGGGACAGAAGCGUCAGAGUAUGGGACACAACAGUGAGUUACGGUCGAGCUCUUCGAGACUAACCUUCAGGUGUUGGUGCAAAGGCACUUUUUCUCAAGAGGCCGGUUGACGUGUUCACAGAACAAAAGCCUCCUCUCCACGACGAUCGCACACAUCGACUUUGUAAAGUCCCUCAUCGUCAUUCCAGAGCUGAAGCUACUAUGUACUGGAUCGUCAGACAAGGACAUUCGGGUGUGGGACCUGUCCGUUCUCGACUCGUGGGACUUUGACUCGACGGAUCGAGACGCCAGCACCUCCUCCAAGCCAGACGAUGAGGCCGAGAACGAAACCGAAAACGAGACAUCCACAAGUACCAGCAUAGAGCCUCAGCCCACAUUGGCAUCAACGGGAGCCGCACCACCCGCAGCGAAGAGUCUCAAACCUUUGCCGUUCCUCCUUUCGCUCAAAGGCCACACUCGACCGAUCGAACGCCUGGCCUACUACCACGUUCUAAGUCCUCGAUCAAACGACGGGUCUCGUAAUAAAGACGACGACGACGACGACGAUGCUCCGAGGGAACGCAUGGGGCACGUGGCACUCAUCUCGGUCGAUUCUCUUGGUGCGCUCAAGGUGUGGGAACUCUGGCGGGAUGAGCAGGGUCAGCUUCGAGGAGAGCUGCGCAGCGAUACUCGACCGCACGAGAUUGGGAUCUACGAUUUAGUCGUCGGUGAUGGCGAGAUCUGGACGGGUAAGUGGUGGGAGCAGAGUGCGGUUGCAAUGAGGUCGACCACUCAUCAUACGAGAACUUUUCCAUCUUGAGCAGCCUCGGCUGAUAAUUCAGUGCUUCUUUCGACGUUCGAUGCCUCCUCACCGUCCUCGGCUCCGAUACCGACGACGCGUAUCGUUCACCCAUAUCAUCUUAAAUCCAUUUUACCCCUCGGAAUCGCCUUGCCAAACCUCAACUCAUCGCACAUCUUGACCGGCAGCGCCGACGAAGCGAUCCGGAUCCUCGACCUAAACUCGAUCUCGCCUUCCUCCCAUCCUCCUUUCCCGUGGUCAGGAAUCCCAUCUCCCGCUGAUGAGAAGAUGGUUGGUCUUGUACGACAAGUCGAAGGGCAUUCGCACGACGUCGUCGAUCUGCACGUUUAUACCCAGGUUGGGCUUCCGGAACAAGGGGGUCGACUCGAGGCUUGGAUCUUGAGUGCUAGUGUGGACGGCACAUUGAGGAGAUGGAGGUGGCCUGAUGUGUUGAUUUCACCUUCGAAGGAGGAGGAGAAGGUUUUGGUGGAGGUCGAGAAGGAGGAGACGAAAGGCGAGUCGCUGUUGACUGCCGAGGAAGAAGCUGAGCUGGAGGCUCUCAUGGUGGAUGAUUAG